GUCGUGUCUGGCGGCGGCAGCAUGGCGGCGGGGGCGGCUGAGGCGGCGGCGGCGGUGGUGGAGGUCGGCUCGGCCCGGCAGUUUGAGGAGCUGCUGCGCCUCAGAGCCAAGUCCCUCCUUGUGGUCCAUUUUUGGGCACCAUGGGCUCCACAGUGUGCUCAGAUGAACGACGUGAUGGCAGAGUUAGCCAAAGAACACCCUCAAGUUUCAUUUGUAAAGUUGGAAGCCGAAGCUGUUCCUGAAGUGUCUGAAAAAUAUGAAAUUAGUUCUGUUCCCACCUUUCUCUUUUUCAAGAAUUCUCAGAAAAUUGACCGAUUAGAUGGUGCACAUGCCCCAGAGUUGACCAAAAAAGUUCAGCGCCAUGCAUCUAGUGGCUCCUUCCCACCCGGUGGUAAUGAGCAGCCUAAAGAAGAUCUCAACCUUCGCCUGAAGAAAUUAACCCAUGCUGCCCCCUGCAUGUUGUUUAUGAAAGGAACUCCUCAGGAACCACGUUGUGGUUUCAGCAAGCAGAUGGUGGAAAUUCUUAACAAACAUAAUAUUCAGUUUAGCAGUUUUGAUAUCUUCUCAGAUGAAGAAGUUCGUCAGGGCCUCAAAACCUAUUCCAACUGGCCCACCUAUCCACAGCUCUAUGUUUCUGGAGAGCUCAUAGGAGGACUUGAUAUAAUUAAGGAGCUAGAAGCAUCUGAAGAACUAGAUACAAUUUGCCCCAAAGCUCCGAAAUUAGAGGAAAGGCUCAAAGUACUGACAAAUAAAGCUUCUGUGAUGCUCUUUAUGAAGGGAAACAAACAGGAAGCUAAAUGUGGAUUCAGCAAACAAAUUCUGGAAGUACUAAAUAGUACUGGUGUUGAAUAUGAGACGUUUGAUAUAUUGGAGGAUGAAGAAGUUCGGCAGGGAUUAAAAGCUUACUCUAAUUGGCCAACAUACCCUCAGCUGUAUGUGAAAGGGGAGCUUGUUGGAGGUCUGGAUAUUGUUAAGGAACUGAAAGAAAAUGGUGAAUUGAUGCCUAUACUGAAAGGAGAAAAUUAAUGUUAAACUUGGUGCCCAACUGUUGCAAGAAAUAUUUAAUUACAGUGGAGCAGUUCAUGAUUUAGUCCUCAGAAAUGGACUAGAAGAAUGCUUCUUACCCAGUUAUGCUUUGUGUAUUUCACAAGGUUGUGCUAAAUAAAUGUAUGUUACAUUUUUUCCACCAAAAAUACAAUGCAAUAAACAUCUUCAAAUUCAAUUAAAAAUAAUUGUGUAAA